UCCAUUUUUGUACAUAAACCACAACCAAACAUUACUCGCUCCCCUAAUCUCAUUAUACAAAGAUUUUCAGAUGGCUAUAGCUAUUAAGUGCCAAAAUCUUAUAACCCUUCUCGUGUUACUCAACUUGGCAUUCUUGAUGAAUGCUCGACCUUUAAGUAUUCUAAAUACUGUUAAUUGUCCAGAUGAAAAUGAUCAGUUGUUUGAUCGGUUUUCUUUGGGUUCCAUUAAAGAAGGACCAAGUCCUGGCAUAGGACACAAGGUUGAAGAUAAGACAACUCUCGGAGGAAUCAAGGUUGGACCUAGUCUUGGAGCAAAAGACGGAUAUACACAUGAACCUAGCCAUGGAAUUGAAAAUGUGUUCAACAUUGAGACCUUGGUUGGAGUCAAAGAUGGACCAAGUCCAGGAAUUGGACACAAGGUUGUAAACGUUGAGUCGCUUGGAAAUCUUAAGAACUCUGGUCCAAGCCCUGGUGCGGGUCACUAGUUGAACUGACUGUUCAGAAACAUUUAUGAUUUUUUUUUAUAAAAACAACAUAUAUAAUUUUUUUAAUACAAUCAAAAUACACACUCGUUAUUAUAGAUAGCAAGCCUCAAUCCAUAAACAUUGAUUAAAAGAAACCUUAUAGUCAGUAUCAAUUGAGUUGAAAGAAUUUAUUUCAAUCAUUGUAUUAGAAAAUUUUAUUUGUUCAAUUGUGAUACUUUAAGUUUAUUGUGUGAUAA